CGUUGGGGCGGGGCUGGGAGGGGCGGAGCCGGGGCUCCCCUGCUGCGCCGCCAUUGGCCGCGCCCGCCGUCACCCGGCAGUAGUUGUAAAGGUCAGCCCCGCCCCUUCCUCUUUCUCUCCAAGCAGGCGGCGGCGGCGGCGGGGUGUUCAGCUAUGGCCAAAAUUAAGGCUCGGGACCUUCGCGGCAAGAAGAAGGAGGAGCUGCUCAAACAGCUGGACGACUUGAAGGUGGAGCUGUCCCAGCUGCGCGUGGCCAAAGUGACAGGCGGCGCAGCUUCCAAGCUUUCUAAGAUCCGAGUUGUUCGCAAGUCUAUCGCCCGUGUUCUUACCGUCAUUAACCAGACUCAGAAAGAGAACCUCAGGAAAUUCUACAAGGGCAAGAAGUACAAGCCCCUGGAUCUGCGGCCCAAGAAAACGCGCGCCAUGCGCCGCCGGCUCAACAAGCAUGAAGAGAACCUGAAGACCAAGAAGCAGCAGCGGAAGGAGCGGCUGUACCCCCUACGGAAGUUCGCGGUCAAGGCCUGAGCAUCGUGGCGCCAAUAAAGCACAAACUGGCUGA